GUAUGGUGACUAUCCUAUGCUACCUAAUAAGUCGGCUCAUGAGAGAGACCCCUGGUACCGGUGGGAUCAGCAAGACAUGAGGCAUAACUGGGGAGAGCCGAUGCACUGGGACUUUGACAUGUAUAUUCGGAACCGUGUGGAUACAUCUCCGACUGUAGUUCCCUGGCACACCAUGCGCAAACAUUUCCUUGUUUUUCUGGGUUUCAUGCUGACCAUGUUUGCUCUUGGAGAGAUAUAUCCUUCUUACAGGCCUGUGGGACCGAAGCAAUAUCCCUUCAAUGACCUGUAUCUGGAGAGAGGAGGAGACCCCAAUAAAGAGCCACCAGUGGUGACGCACUAUGAGAUCUGA